GGGGAGGGAGGCGCCAGCGUCGCCCCCGGGCCGCCGCCGCGAUCGUAGCGGGGCCGCAGCGGAGCCGGAGCCGGAGCCGGAGCCGGAGGAGCAGCGGAGAGGCGGCACACGGACUUGUCCCCACCGGGCCGAGGGGAGCGAGCCGCCGCCUGCCAGCCCGGCUGGCGGGCAAGGGAGGGAAGGGGGGAAGAAAAGAUAAACUAAACGCCAGACAACCCCCGGCGUCUGAUCCCGCCUGCUUUUUGUCCUUUUUUUUUUUUUUUUUUAAUUUUCCUUUUUUUUUUUAAUUUUUCUGAAAAAAAAAUUAUUGCAGUCUUUUUGUCAAAUUGUGCCGCGCGUGGAGUUGUUUUCCGCACACCCCUGACAAACAAAGGAAAAAGGGGGAGGGGGACCGCGCUUCGCAGAAGACAUGCGUUCAGUCAGGAAGAGGUGGACUGUGUGCACCAUAAGUCUCCUCCUCAUCUUCUACAAGACGAAAGAAAUAGCGCGGACCGAGGAGCGCCAGGAGGCACCGCUCGCCGGAGAUGGUGAGCUGAGUUUGAGUAGAUCAAUGAUCAAUAGCUCUGAUAAGAUAAUCCGAAAGGGUGGCUCUGCUAUCUUCCAGCAUUCUGUAGAAGGUUGGAAAAUCAAUUCUUCUUUGGUACUGGAGAUAAGAAAGAGUAUACUUCGAUUCUUGGAUGCUGAAAGAGAUGUCUCAGUGGUCAAAAGCAGCUUCAAGCCUGGAGAUGUAAUCCAUUAUGUACUGGACAGGCGUCGCACCCUAAAUAUUUCACAGAAUUUGCACAGCCUUCUCCCUGAGGUUUCCCCAAUGAAGAAUCGCCGAUUUAAAACCUGUGCAGUUGUUGGAAAUUCUGGCAUCCUUCUGGACAGUGGGUGUGGAAAAGAGAUUGAUAGCCAUGACUUUGUAAUAAGGUGCAAUCUAGCUCCUGUGGUGGAGUUUGCUGCAGACGUGGGAACUAAAUCUGAUUUUAUUACCAUGAACCCAUCAGUUGUACAAAGAGCAUUUGGAGGCUUUCGGAAUGAGAGUGACAGAGAAAAAUUUGUGCAUAGACUAUCCAUGCUGAAUGACAGUGUCCUUUGGAUCCCUGCUUUCAUGGUCAAAGGCGGAGAGAAGCAUGUGGAGUGGGUUAAUGCACUAAUCCUUAAGAAUAAAUUGAAAGUGCGAACCGCCUAUCCAUCACUGAGACUUAUUCAUGCUGUCAGAGGCUAUUGGCUGACGAACAAGGUCCACAUCAAACGACCCAGCACUGGUCUCCUCAUGUAUACGCUUGCCACCAGAUUUUGUGAUGAAAUUCACCUGUAUGGAUUUUGGCCAUUCCCGAAGGAUUUACAUGGAAAACCAGUCAAAUAUCAUUAUUAUGAUGAUCUGAAGUAUCGGUACUUUUCUAAUGCCAGUCCUCACAGGAUGCCAUUAGAGUUUAAAACGUUAUAUGUAUUACAUAAUAGAGGAGCACUUAAAUUAACAACAGGGAAAUGUGUACAGCAAUAAAGCACAUACAAAGUACAGUAAGAAGUACAGAAGAUGCACUUCAUCAUAAAGGUGUUGUGGAAUGGCAAUGGGAUCCCAGUGAGGAUAUGUUUCAAUACCCGCUAAGCCAUUGGAAAAAGGAAUUUUAUCAGAAGUACAUAACCAGCUAUUAUACCUGUAAAGUGCUAUAAAACUAAGUUAUCUUGACUGCAAGGGUUCAAGUAAGUGCCACUUUCACUAAGAACAAAGCCUGAAUGUAUACUCAGUAGUGUUUACAGAAUCCAGUGAUACAUUCAUCAUGAAUUAAAGAAGAAAAAUAUAGCCUGCUUACUGCUGACUUGCCACUGUGGUCAGACAGCCCACAGAAGAAAUCCCCUGUGGAUCGAAUAUUCUCUUGAGCAAAUAAACUAGGCUUUUGCAGAAAAAGAAAAAAAAAUCAUGAUGGGAUUGAGUAGAGAAAGUGAAGUCCAUAAGAUCAAACAGAUAAGUAAAUGCCUUCAGUCAGGGGACUGUUUCUGAUCUUGUAUUAUAACCUCAGCUUUUGUUGCUGUUUUUCUUAUUCCUGUUGGUUGGAUUUUGUUGUUUUUGAGUAUUUGAAUCCUUAAACGGUUUUGAGGAUGUUAUGAAUAAUUAAAAGUAAAUAUCUUA